UCCAGUUCUUGUUGUGGUAAGUAACAACUUAAAAUGAGAGGAAGCCAUCACUUCCAAAGGGAAGUGCUGACAUAUUCAGUGAUGGUGGGUAUGCAAUUCUCCACGGUUGGGAUAAACACACUCUUCAAAGCCGCAACAAUGGAGGGCAUGAGCCCUUACGUCUCUGUCGCCUAUAGCUAUGGAAUCGCCUCUCUUCUCCUUCUCCUUCCUACUCUCUUUUCCCACAGUUCAUCACCAAGAGCUGUUGACGUUCCUCCCCUGACCAUACCAAUCUUGUGCAGAAUCGGCCUUCUGGCACUCGCAGGACAUGUUUAUCGUAUGCAGAAGCUCGUCCCGGCUGACAGGCUUCACGGGCCUUUAUUACAGUUCCCCAACCCUGUCGUCCGCCAUUGGCAACCUCUGUCCAGCUUUUACAUUCAUACUUGCCGUCAUGUUUGGGAUGGAGACAGUUGUGAUGGGAAGAAGAUCCAGCCAGGCCAAAAUAUUGGGCACAACUGUGUCAAUAGCAGGCGCAUUCGUCAUAACAUUUUACCAAGGUCCGCCGAUCUGUAUCACCCCGUCAGCAUCAUCAUCUCGACUCGGCCAUUCUCUUGUUCAUUCCACAGCAGCACAAAACUGGGUUCUUGGUGGCAGUUUGAUCACUCUGCAUUAUGCACUGGGUACUUUGUGGACGAUUCUCAUGACACAGAUAAUGAGUAACUACCCUUCAGAGCUCACAGUAAUCUUCAUCUACAACACAUUUGUAAGCAUUAUAAGUGCAGUUGUUGCUCUGUUUGCUGAAGGAACAUCCUCAAGUGCUUGGAUAAUGAGCUCAAACACCGCACUAGCCUCAGUCAUUUGCACAGGGGUGUUUGGAUCGUGCUUGAACAAUGCCGCUGAAGCAUGGGUGCUGCCGAUAAAGGGACCCGUUUUUGCUAACAUGUUCCUUCCGAUUGGAAUGGUGAUCGCUGUCGCCAUGGGCGUAAUGCUGCUAGGUGAUACUCUGCAUCUUGGAAGUCUCCUCGGAGGGACAGCCAUAUCCAUCGGCUUCUACAUGUUCAUGUGGGGAAAGGUGGAAGACCAAAACGAUGACACCACCACAAAAACAGAGCAGAAUGACGAUGGCCAGAGUAGCAGCAGCAAUGCGGAGAAGGUUCCUUUACUAUAAGCUAGUAAACAGAGGCAGAUUAUGCGGGCUUAAGUUUGCCUGGAUUCCAACAUUUCAUUCCAGUUGGGACAUUUUUCCUCCAUCCACAUAGAAAACGGGUGGAGAAAACCACA